GCUUGGUCGACCCUUGACAUUUUCGGAAAAGAUCGUUUAUGGCCAUUUAGAUGAUGCAGCUAACCAAGAAAUUAUUCGUGGAAAAUCCUACCUCAGACUGAUCCCCGAUCGAGUUGCUUGCCAAGAUGCUACCGCUCAAAUGGCUCUUCUGCAGUUCAUGUCCGCCGGUUUACCGGAGGUUGCCGUUCCGACAACCGUGCACUGUGAUCAUCUCAUUGAAGCACGAGACGAUCGUAAAGCAGAUUUCCAGCGUGCCAUAGAAGACCAUUCCGAACCUCCGCCAAGUAUUAUAUCGGCUUUUGGCGUCCUGGUUCGGGUAUUAUCCAUCAAAUUAUAUUAG